AGUGUUCGGCAAGAUUACCGAGCGUCACUACAAGAUUUGACGUUUAACUCAAAGCCAAUAAUAACAAACCUAACUAUCAUUGCUCAAGAGAACUUACCGGCUGCAAGGGCAAUUGUACAAGCCAUUGAAGACCAAAUCAGAACUUGUCCGCCACCACACAAGCUACCCGUGUUAUAUCUCCUUGAUUCUAUUAGCAAAAAUGUUGGUGGUAUAUAUAUCCAAUUGUUCGCCCGAAACCUUUGCAACACUUUUAUGGAUACGUAUGAUGUCGUAGAUCAACCAACAAAACAAAAACUUGAGCGAGUUUUGGCCACAUGGAAAAGUGGCCCAACAGGUGCGCCAGUGUAUUCAACUGAAGUAACUGGUCAAAUUGAAAGAGCUUUAUUGAAGCAGCAGUUGAGAUUGCAAUCACGCGGAUCAAUAGAUGUCGGAAGACAUAUUCAUAUUAAUCCUAAUUUCUUAAGUGGGGCUAUCGGUCAGAACACUUUGACAACUUAUCAACAACAGGCACAGCAAUUACAACAAUCACAACAAAAUCAGCAGUUACAAGUUCAGCCAGUUACCCAGGUUCAACCAGUCCAACAAACGGCAAAUCAAUGGGUUGAUAACGCUAGAUACAAUAAUGGGAUAUCGGGAUACACAGCAACGCCAAACCGACAAGGAUAUUACAACACUCAGCAGUAUACAACCAAAGCGCCCACUCAACCAUUGCAACAAAGUCAAGUGUUUGCUCCUCCGCCGGAUCAACAAAGACUUUUACAAGAAUGUCAGCAAUUGAUUGUCCAACACCAACAAUAUGCAUUGCAAAAUCCUAGUGAUUUACAUUACCAAAAUCAACUUGGAAGUUUACAACAGCUCUCUGAAGCUAUUCAGAAAGCGCCUCUCACAAAUGAUCAAAUACAACAAGUUCGCCAAUUCUUUGCUACGCAAUUAUCCGUUCCCUCGGCAGCUCCCACUCAACCUCCUGCUGUGAAUGCUCUUAAUUUUCCUUUUACCGUACCCAUUCUUAAUCCUCCCGUUCCUACACCGGUUUCCAUGCCACCAGCAUCCGUAGUACCACCACCUGUUCCACCGCAUAGUGCUCUUGUACCUGAUCCCAAUGCAUUGGUAAAAAAUUUAAUGGAUUUUGGUCUACUCGGUGGAAGUGGGAACAUAGUUGGGGGUGUGGGUGGCACCGUAACAUCCACCAAUGUAGGUGGAUUUGUUGGAGGAAGUACUCCUACACCUCCCCCGUCAGGUUCUGCAGCUAGUGAUGCUCCAACAACCAUUAUGCAUGUGAAUGAUUUAGAAAAAAUUCAAUUAACAAGUAAUGACAUCCAACGUAAACGUGAUGGUGUCAUCGCAAUAUUAUAUGACGCCUUGCCUCUUCAAUGCAAACAAUGUGGUUUUCGAUAUGCCAGGGAUGAAGGAGGUAAGGCGAAAAUGGAUGCUCAUCUUGAUUGGCAUUUUCGCCAAAAUCGCAGAAUGAAGGAGAAAGCCAAGAAAGCACAGAGUCGAAGUUGGUUUGUUAGUGAAGAGGACUGGAUUCACUCACGUGAAGCAGAAAUAAAAAGCACACAAUCGCCAGCUUUUUUUGACUUUGAAAAUGCGAACGCUGCUAAAAGCACAGUUGGUGCUUCGCAACCAAAAAAGGACGAGGUAGUCAAGGAAUCUACUGUUAUUGUUCCACUUGAUCCUGAAAGGGCUGGUAAGCCUUGUACUAUUUGUCAAGAAAAAUUUCAAGUUUUCUGGAAUGAUGCGGAUGAAGAAUGGCUGUUUAGAAAUGCUAUAGAAGUUGAUGGUGUUAUUUAUCACGCAACUUGUCAUGCGGAUGCUCUAAAGAAUCAAGAAAAUGCACAGUCAGGUGGCGAUGCAGCAUCAAAUACUGUUCUUGGAAAACGAAAACCUGAUUCGUUAGUGAAAGAAUUAUUGCAAUUUAUUCUAAAAGCACUAGCCUAUAACCAAAGAAUUUAA